GCUGUCUCGAGUACUGCCCCUAAAAAUGUUAUUCUUCUGUGGUUCAUUAACGGUCGUACUUAUUGAGUGAAGUCUGCUGUACAGAGCACGGGAAGUUCAUGAACCUCAAACUUGAUUUAAUUGAUCUAUGUUUUUUUUCAAGAAAUUUAAGUAAGGCUCAAGAUAACGAAAGGUUUCGUCUGUUGAAAUUGACAGGUAGUUAUUAAUACCGAAUAAUAACUCCGAAAUAUCUAUUAGUUACUCGACAACAACGUGAAUGCGCAAUGUGACGGGUGUUUACCAAGUAAAGGGAUACGUUACAGAUUUGGCAUCCCCAUCGAACUUGCUUUUCGCUCCACACGGUUUCAAGAGAAAGUGUUACCAUGUGUAGAAUUAAACUGCUAAUUGUUGUGUGAUAUAUUGUACUAUGGGAUCAUCUUGUAAUAACUUGCGAUAACAUCAACGGAUUUAUUUUCCAUAAAAGGUGCCACCUUCAAGAAAGUAUAGUGAUUGUUUGUUCUGCUGCGAUCUUUAGGUGCGUAACAAAAUAAUAUAAACUUAGAACAAGAACGAGACGCUCAUUUCGAAAUUAAAUGAUUGACGCAAGCACUACGGAAAAAGAGAGAUGUUGAAACCUGGCCAAUAAAAACGAUAGUCUUAAUUAAAGUCAUCACUCAUCUGAUACCUGGCUCGUAUCAGGUACUGCUAACUUCUACUUGGAGAGGCCUUGAAGCGAUGUCGGCUUCUUCAUAAGGCCUAUUUCAGUUUCGAGAUGGCUGCUGGUUAAAGGACGUCACGAAGUUUAUCAGUGAUAGCUGUAAACCUUAACAAGAUGAUUCCGCCGAAUCGAAUGUUCGUUUAUACCGAAAUGGUGGAGCACUAGCUGUGGUAAAGAAAUGAGAUUUCAAACAUUUCAAGUUCAGGAUCCAACAGUUUGUUACACGAGUGAUCGGUACUGAUACCCAUUGACUUUGAUACUGCUACCGUUUGGUUGCACUAGUAAACCUCCAGGCAGAUAGCCGAAAAUUUCUGGGCAUGUAAAGCUUCAUUGGAACAAAACCAAAUGGAAGACGUCAAAUCAGAGAUCUCAAUUCCAAAUUCACGGGCAGAUGGAAGCAAAUCUCGUCAGAUUCGAUUUAAACAGUGCUUCAAGGUGUUUCUCACUCAUCUUCUGUCGCAGGUCGGCCUAUGCGUGCUAGUAGUGGCAUACGUGGUUGGAGGAGCUUUUUUGUUCAAGCACAUAGAGGGGGACGCCGAGACUCUUAACAAGCAACAAAUCCGAAGUCAUCGACAGGCAUGUCUUCAAGACAUGUUCAAUAUUACUGAACAACUUAACGUUUUCGAACGCGUGCGCUGGAUAAAAAGCGUUGAAAUACGUUUAAAAAGAUACGAGGAAGACGUCGUAAAGGCAGUUCGCGACAGCGGCUAUGACGGAAGCGACGUUGACCAACCUAUACAAUGGACCUUUUCGGGGGCCUUACUCUACUGCAUUACUGUCAUUACCACCAUAGGCUAUGGUCACAUUGCUCCGAAGACCAAUGAAGGAAAAGUGGCGACAAUCCUAUACGCUCUGGUCGGCAUCCCGCUAAUGCUUCUCUGUUUAUCAAAUAUCGGUAACGUCCUUGCGGGAUCGUUUCGGUUUGCGUAUUCGCGAAUGUGCUGCCUAUGUGCUCCGAUCCCGCCUCCACAACGAAAUUCCGGAACGCUAAAUGGCAUCGACGGGAGCUCUCCAAACGGCCCAAAUCCAGCAUCGCCACCCCGUAUUCCAGUCUAUCUUGUGAUGCUUUUUGUAGCGUCCUAUAUCUGUGUGGGGGCCCUGAUCUUUUCGGGCUGGGAGGGCUGGCGUCUACUCGAUGGUGCCUAUUUCUGCUUCAUAACUCUCAGCACUAUCGGUUUUGGAGAUUUUGUACCUGGACAAAGCACUUUUGGAUUCGAUCCAACGAAUAACGCCAUGCAGGAUAAGGACGCUCAGGCAAAAUUGAUCAUCUGUUGUCUUUACCUUAUCCUUGGGCUCGCCAUAAUCGCUAUGUCGUUUAAUCUCGUCCAAGAGGAGGUGAUCCUUAAGUGCAAGGACGUCGCCCGUCAUUUGCGGCUCCUCGCUCACGUGGAGGAUUAGACGACGCACACUUCCAUCACGUCUAGUCACUCGACCUGGCAGGCCAACAAUUCGCCAGCUAACAACAGUCACCACAGCAUCUACAACAAUCACCAGCAACAACAACUCCUCGUCGCCGCAGCAGCAGUACAACAGCACCAUCAUAGCCCCACUCACUUUAGCAACGUCUACACGAGUGCAGCUGUGACCUACCAGAGGCGGCGUGUGAGUCAAGCUUCGCCAACUCGCCAGCCUUUGUUGGCUCAGUCAACGCCGGCACAUUCUGCUACAUCACUGAACGUGCCCAACAGCUCUGGAACUGUGCCAGUAAUGUGUGUACCGAUGUUUUCCGUCGCGAACGAUAUGACACCGCCGGUGGUGAACGGCGCAGGUAGCCACCAGCUACCCACUGUCGUCGUCGCUGAUGAGCGCGGUAUUCGGCAGCCGCACGUCGAAGUUUUGCUUGAGUCGCCCCCGCCCGAAGUAGCGUUGAUGCUUGAUCCGGACCAAACGGUGCCCUCAAACUGAACUGCCGACAGAUGAAUUAAGAUACAGCGCCUGAUAAGACUGCGUCGGAUACAGCUGGCAACAAGACUCAACGAAGACGGAGCUGGUGGAGUAUACGACGGCCAGUGAAAAGGCGACCCAGUCAUCCAAGUGUGCAGUAGGAGAGGCUCAGACGUACAGUUAUUAUUGAAUGUUAUACCAACCUGGUGCAAUGAGAUGUAAGAAAAUAUGACUCGAAAAUAAUGUGAAUGAUUAUGCCAGCGCUAAAGUGAAACGUGAACGCGCAGCGAAGGCAAAGCUGCAUGUUGAAGGAACAUAUUACUUUCUGUGAGUCGUUGGGAAACGCUACAUAUACGAUUGCGGUCUGAAGUUUCUUUGGCCUGUCCUCACUGAUUUUUUUAUCGACAAAAAAAUUGGUUUUUACGAUGUAUAGGCAACAUUAUUCCAACUCUAAUCUUUAAUGAAUUCUUGGAUAGGUAAGCUGCCGCGGACAUCAAAUUAAGGGCUCGCAAAGGAAUAAUCAGAAAACGAAGCAUCAGUACAAGUUCAGCCAUGAUCAGUUAUAUGACUGAUGAAUGGUGAACUAUUCGCUUGCACAAGGUACAACUGCACAAAACUUACUAAGUUAUAUUGGUCUAAUAAAAUGCUUCAGCAGAGGACACCCCUAACAAAUUUAAGGCAGCAAAAACAAAUGGAAGGAGAGACAUCUGCCUUCAGUCCGUUACUCAGGGUAUGGGAGAAGGUUAGGUUAAGGCAGCCUAUACAUACCUAAGGUGAUUCUUAUGGCAAUCCUGUGGUGACUGUUUGUGGAAGGCUCAAUGAGAUCGACGGUUUUCUGCAUCUGUCAUAGUGGAUGUCCCUAUAAGUGGUAACACGGCCAAUCGCUCAAGCAAUCGUCAUGCUUCGUGUACCGUCAAUGUUUCUCUAUUUAAUCGUUGUGUCGAUUCAAAAGAACAAUGAAAGGAUGAAUCGACUUCAUUUCCUAGCUUCAUGAGCUUGCGGCUUUCGUCCGAGCGGUUAAUGGACUUUUCAAAACGUGGCUCGCAUUUUCGGACUCGUAGUUUUGUAACGGACUGUUUUUGUUUUUUUUUGUUCUUUCUCUAGAAUCAGACAUUUUGUCUCGCAGCAAAAAGUUCGGUUCUUUAUUUCAUUAAGGAAUAAUGUUUUAGAUGUUCAUUGCCUCAUUGAGAUUACAAAAAAAAAAGUUCAUCAGGCACGCGACUAUUUUGAAUGGCCAAAAUGGUAAUCAAAAGCCACGUACGAUACACAUUAUCGAUAGAUACGACCAUCGAGGUCAAUGGUCAGAGCCCAUGGGAAAGCCUCUGUGUGAACUUUAGUUUGCAUAAGAGACUCGUUUUCCUCUCAUUUUAACAGCUAAAUUUCACAUUCGCACUGUCCUUACGUGAUUAAGGACACUACACGUUCUAUCGUAUAUGCACGGAAACACGAAAUAAUAAUAUUUAGGCCAGUGAUCAUGAAGAUCGCGGCAGUUCUUCUAAAUUGCCUUACUCAGAGUGAAUGAGUCUCUGGCAAAUGCUACAAUAUAGAUAGCUCUAAGAAGAGUACCAAUAGUCUCUCAGACACUCGAGAAAAAUCUUGUUUACUAGCUUAUCUAUGGUACGAUUCGAUAACAAGAACUUGUUUUUUUCAAUUUCAUCGCUGUCAUUUUAAACAUAAAGUUAAUUCAAUGUAAUUACUGCUUGUGUAAUUCACUCACCGUUUUGGCUAAGGCACGAAUUGACUAUAAUUCAUAGUUUUUUUUUUUUUAAGGUUAAAAAAACCUCUCAGAAACCGUUCGGAAGGUGAUUUAUCCACGCUUCCGGUAAACAACUGUUGUUUCUAUUCUAUUAUUGUGUCACACUGUACACCUCGUAUAGCUAAUGGAAGUUGCUCUGUGCUAAUACCUUCUGCAAUCUAUUUAGGCGUUACAUGAUGUGCAUGUACAUACGAAAUGGCACAUUUUAACUGACAAACCCUUCAAUUUGAAAUGACUAUACGACUUGCAGCUAUUCAGUAACUAGUAGAACUUUCUUGACUUUGACCCGACCCAGUCUCCUACCAAACAAUAACCAAUGUCUGCAUCAUAGCUUUUCUAUGGUUACUUCGUAUUUAGUGGCGUAAUGGAUUUUCGUCAAUCGUAAUAGGGAGAUCAAUAUUGAGUUAGCAAUAUUCUCAUGUAAAUCCAAUUGUAUUAUAAAGUUGUUCAGCUACGGUAUUUACCGUAGGUUUUUUCGGAGGCAACCGUUGCAGAGGUAACCCAAAUAGGAGAAAUAUCAUAAGCAAUAAUGAUUGAAUCGACUCUGCGAUUGCCGGUACAGUGGUAUUUCUUGAACAUGUAACAUGUUGGAGGAAAGGCGCCAAAAUGUAUAAUGUGCAUUGUAACUUUAGACCCUCAUCCCAGCGACGGUUCAAAUAUAACUUAUUGUGUCACAUAAUUAUUCAUAUAGACGCUUAUGGGAACCCGUGUUAGCAGGCAGUAUAUGUUUUUUAUUUGUAAUCAAGAGAAGUUCGAUCCAUAGACUAUUUAUGAUGAGACGCAUAGAUAAAACAAAGGUGAAAAAAAAAGAGAAACAUACAUUUGUUUUUCGGAAAAAAAUUAUUUUUUAAUUUAAGAAAAGAACAUUAAAAUAAAGCAUUACGCCAAAAAACGUGUUUUUUUUUGUGACGCUUUACCUAGAUGUGUCCUGAAGUGAAAUUUAGUUAAAAUUUUUACUAUUGAUAAAAAGAUUUAUCGCUAAAUGACGUUUUUCUUUUUUAAUAUGAAUCAUCUGAAUGAGCAACAGCGUAGCCAAUGAAGCAACUAAACAAUUCUUCGAUGUUUCCAACAGUAUACUGUCAAAAUAUACAAUGGAUAUAUUGAACUUGUGUACGGUGCCAA